GCGAUAUACUUCGUUUACGACUACUACAAAGUGCACAUGUUUCAUAAGUCCUCCCCCCCUCCACUAAGUCCCUCUCGGCUGAGAGGGACUGGUGCGAGGAGAAGUGCAUGCUUUGAAAAAUGGCGGCAACCAAGUUAGACAGCGCUAUCACUUUAAAAGGGAGUACGGAGACGGUGAUGGAGUUCUUUGGUUAUGGAAUAAAUAGUAUUCUAUUCCAAAGAGGGGUUUACCCACCAGAGACAUUCAAACGUGUUGAACAAUAUGGGCUGACUCUGUUUGUUAGUGACGAGCCCCAACUCAAAGAGUACCUAUCAAGUGUCAUGGAACAAAUUAAAGACUGGCUCUACAAUAAAACCAUCCAGAGAAUUGUGCUUGUAAUAAGCAACAAUGACAAGGACGAGGUCUUGGAGAGGUGGCAGUUUGAUAUUGAAUGUGAUAAAACUAUGACUGAAGAAAGUAAACCAAGAGAAAAGUCUCUUAAAGAUGUCAAGAGAGAGAUCCGGGAUGUCAUGCGUCAAAUCUCUGCCACCGUCACUUUCCUACCCCUUUUGGAUGGUCCAUGUUCCUUUGACCUGCUGAUUUAUACUGACAAAGACCAGAAUGUCCCAGAGAUGUGGGAAGAGUCUGGUCCGCGGAUAAUCAAUGACUCUGAAGAAGUUCGACUGCGAUCCUUCACUACAACCGUCCACAAAGUUGAUACCAUGGUGUCCUACAAGAGUGGAGAUUAAGAUUUGCAAAGCACUUGAACCAAGAGAUGCUUUUGUAGGAUAUGGCUGAUGGAGAAAAGAUUUAAAAAAAUGAGACAGAGAAUAACUUAGACAUUCAAAGACAUUAAUACCUGUACCUGACUUAUUGCCUGUGGUGAUAGAUGUUUGUAAAGCUAUAACUCUUGUAUAACAGUGUAAAGUGUACUGCAUAAGAUAUACAGUAGUCUCUAGCUAAAAUUAGGGUUCUUUAGGGCCUUGAGUCCUCUUCAAACUUUGAUGCUUAGAGCUAGCAGAUUUGUUUAUCAGCUUACCUUACGCAUGAAAUCCAAAUAAGGUAUUUUCAAUUCGGCGACACUGAUAAGAAUUACCUUAAAAAGGACCCAGCGUAGCGAUACAGCUUCUGUGAAAAUACAAAUACGAUUUACAAUAAAAUAAAUUUGUGAAAAAAA